CGUUCGUAUCGAUAAGCAGCACGAGUUGAGAAAGACAGAAGAGAGAGCAACACAGAAUAAAUAAAACUGAUUCCAGAGUGUACGCCAUUUUUUCAGCGCUUUCUUUGUCCUACUUAUUUUUCAAGAUUGCUAAAAUUGUAAGAAAUUCCUUGAGAGCACCUGAAAGCUAAAUUUCUUCCGAGUUCUCAGUAAGUUAAGACGAUCGACAUAGGCUCCCAUAUACAGAUUAAACUGUCUAUUGCUUUUCUUUUUCCCAAACAAAUCCAACAAAAUGCCUGAGACAAAGAUUGUCAGACUGCUCACUACUAGUGGAGGAAUCCCACAAUCAAUGAAAUCAUACAGAACUAUAAAUGUUUCUCAGUCUGGACCACACGCCUCCACCCCACAAUACAAGGUAAUCCGUGUGGCAUUGCCACAAAAUGUUGUUCUGGGGAAGUCAUCUCAAGAUAAAAUUCCAGAAAUUUCAUCACCGAGGUCAGAUGAAGACACAGACAGCGCCUCGCUUUCAAAGAAUGCACUGCUGGCCAGAGAAAACCGUCUUAAGAAGAAACGUUACAUAAAUGGACUUGAAGAAAAUCUCUCUGCAGCCAAGAAAGAAAACGAAUACCUGGUGGACAAGUUGAAGGAAAAGGACAGUACCAUUGAUGAACUUCAAAAAGAGAUUCUGUACUUCAAAAGUAUUCUAGCUAAUGUUCAAGAGAUAUCUGGACUCAUCAAAACUAUCAAACAGGAUUCAUCUAUUCCCAUGUCUACAUCUUUAAGGCCAACCUAUCCUUUAAAGAGAACAGCUGCUGUGGAAUUGUCAGUCAUUGAAGGUUCAAAAAAGAUCAAAAUGGAACGGACGAGUGAAAGUUCCAGCGGCACCAGUACCAUCCAUGAUGAGGACGACUGCUAUGACUGGAUGCCCAGUUCGCCCAUGUGCCCAACACAACUUGAUGCGGAAUCCCUUGACGUUUUGUCCAAUUUCAGUGAAGAAGAUAUAAAUUUAUUUGGUGAUGACACACUUCUUCCCGAGACUACCCGUCAAGCCGUACCUGCUGGAGUCUGUUUGCAUGUUUUCAACAAACAAAUUUCACUCGAAUUUUGUGUCGCGUGUGCUACCAGAGCCCAGGAGAAAUGGUCUGCACAAGUUUGAGGAUAUGGAAAUCUAUCAAAUUACAAACAUUCUUAAAUUGUUGUUACACAUUGAUGGAGCCUACCACCCCAUAUAUGAUCAACUACCGAGGUUCUUGCACCAUUGGGUUAGGUUAUUAAUGUAUCGUAAAAUGGUCUGUUUCCUUUCAUUAUAAUCCUGGUCGAUCCUUGUAAAUCGGAAAAAUUAUUAAUGCCGUGCAGUGUUUUGUUUCGUUACAGGUUGCAGCGUUCUAAAGGAAGAAAGGUGGAAGUCCGCCGAAACAAUCUGGUUUUUGUAAAUACGUUAUUUCAACCCAUUUCUAGAUAAGAACAACUGGCAUGGCUUAUUUUUUUUUGUAUAACACUGCGCCGUCGUAUGCAGAAUACAAUUGUAUAUUAAUAACGUU